AUGAUCUUCACCGGCAUACUCGAAACCCCGCUCAAGACACAGGAUGCCACAAUUCAUCUCAACAUCAACAAUCCAACAGCAACAAAGCCAAGCAACUCAGUCAAAGAAAGAAGGGAAAAAACCAUGGCGGCAGACCUCUCCUUCGGCCCGCCAGGCAGCCAGUGGCACUACACCCGCAGCACCCGCACCUACGACCUCACCCGCGGCCGGCUCCCGGCCAUCACCGUGCCCACCACCCAGGGCGCGCCCGGCACAAACAUCCGCAUCGCACCGGCCGCCACGGCGCUCGUCGUCGUCGACAUGCAAAACUUCUUCCUGCACCCGGACUGCCGGGACCACCCGCUCGGCCUGGCCGCCGUGCCGCCGACCCUGAGGCUGGUCGAGAAGUGCAGGGCGCUGGGCGUGCAGGCAAACCCCGACCUGCAGACCAUGCCCGCCGCCGUGCAGCGCGGCUUCGCCCGCGCCCUCAUCGCCGCCGCCGCCGCCGGCGACCCGAGUACCACUACCACCACCACCACCGCACCAGCCCCGGCCCCGUCCUCGGCCAUCGGUCUCGGCGCGCAGCUGCCGGGCAGCCAGGGCCGCGUGCUCUUCCGCGGGUCCUGGAACGCAGAGCUCUACGCGCCCCUCGCGGCGGCGGCGGCAGCAGCGCAGGACGUCGUCUGCGGCAAGAACCGCCUGUCCGGCCUCUGGUGCGCCGACACGCCGCUGUGGCGGCACCUGACGACGACGACGACGGCGACGGGGAUCAAGACGCUCCUGUUCGCGGGCGUCAACACGGACCAGUGCGUGCUGGGCACGCUGGCGGACGCGUACAACGCCGGCUGGGACUGCGUGCUCGUCGAGGACUGCUGCGCGACGGCGAGCCCGGCAGGCGCGGGGGAGGCCGUGGUCUUCAAUGCCGCGCACACCUACGGCUUCGUGACAAGCAGCGACGCCUUCCCCUCCGCGGCCUCGUCUUGA